AUGAUACUAUAAUUCAAAUGUGAAAGAUUGCAUUAUCUUCUUAACACUCAUUAUGUUGUCAAUGUGUAUAAAGAUAAACUAACAAUUGGCAAGAAUGACCCUCCAAAGUAUGAGUACUAAUUUACAUUAUAAAAUGUUUUACAUUGGUAUGUAGAUGGACUCAAAAUCCAGGCCUUCGGUAUCUAGCACCAUAAUGCUAUCAAGUUUUUUAGAGCCAAUCACAAAGAUCUAGAAUAGUUAAGAAUUUUCUGUCGAAACCUCAUCUGCUUCGAUAAUCUUGGAGAAUUGUAUAAGCGAAUCGACGUGGAUGAUUCCUCCAAAGUAUUGGAUUAAUUUUCUCAUCAAACUUAUACAUUGAAAUGCUUAAACUCUGUCUAGUUACAAGGAGAAGUGUCACUGCUCAGGUCCUUGAAUCAUCCAAACAUUCUUUCAAUUAGAGAGUGCUUCCAGCAUAACAAUCAACAUUACGCUGUCACAGAAUUCCUUGGUGGAAUAAGCUUGGAGAAUUAUAUUGCCAAAAAUCCGACACUUAGUCACCUACAAUGCCAAUCAAUAAUUACACAACUCCUGAAGGCACUCAAAUACUUACAUGACCACCACAUAAUUCAUGCGACCAUUUAAGCUAAAUUUCUUUUAUAUAAAUCAGAUUUGAUCAAAAUUAUAGAUUUUUCCAAUUCAAUCCAAUCCUAACAAAUCGAUACUCAAGAUAUCAAAAACUGUGGAUCAAUUUUAUUUUAACUAUAUACAUCAAAACUUUAUCACAACGACGAUUUUAAUACAGUUGCUACUAUGCUUUAGGCUAACUCAACCCCAAAUUAAGCUUAGGAUCUGAUCUUGAGAAUGCUAUUUGAUUAGCAGUUCACAGUUUACUAAUCUUUGGAACACCCCUACUUUUCAAAGAAUUUAAAUUCUUAAGAAAAAAAGUAAAGAUUCCAAAACUUCCAGAGAGUCCAAAGAUCAACAUCCGAAAUGGAUGAAUCAGAGGCUGUUUCACAAUACAUCCCUGAAUUACAAACUAAUAAAAGCAAAUCACUAAGACAACUAUUAUGA